UGUCACCAAAUUGUGAGACGUGGAUGAACAGUACCAUAACUUUAUUUAAUUUCUGUGUGGAUUACAGCUGUUGCAUAUUGAUUACAGGUGUAAAUUUUCCCGCGGAAAGUGAAGUUCUGUAAAAGGUUUCUAGAAUACGAGCUUAACACAUAUAUUCUGCAAGUUUGCUCAUUUUUAUCGAUCAUCCCCGACCGGGCCAAUUUGACAUAAAUUUCGGCUGAUUGUCUUAAGUGACAAGCGUGUCGCGUAAGAAUGCACGCGUGUUGUCAUUAAUGGUCGUAAGCGAUAAAAAACAGACAUGGAAGAGUGAAUGGAAAUUCUUUAUAAAAUGAUGUGAAUGGUAAAGAGAAGUUUGUUUUGACAUUUCAAACAAAAAUCAAAAUGGUCAGCCGGGUGCGACUCCAUUACUGCAAAAUAAUCCUAGCCACCUCGCUGGUGUGGUUCCUUUUGGAUGUGUUUAUACUGAUGUACUUCACGGACUGUGCGGCGAACAGCGUCAACACCAACUGUAAACAGGACCACCAUGAGGAGUCAAAGAAGCAGCAGGACAGCGGCGGCUUCCUGGAGAAACUGUUACCUAAAGGUAUUAUACAGAGGGUCCCUACAGGGCCAGGAGAAAUGGGGAAACCUGUAGUGAUCCCCUUGGACAGACAGGCUGAGUCCAAGGAGAAAUUCAAAAUUAACCAGUUUAAUCUGGUGGCCAGCGACAUGAUAUCGCUCAACCGCUCACUUCCUGACUACCGAAUGGAUGCGUGCAAGAGGAAGUCCUAUCCCCCCAACUCUGAGCUUCCUGACACCAGCGUGGUGAUUGUAUUCCAUAACGAGGCCUGGUCCACUCUCCUCAGGACCGUUCAUAGUAUUAUAAACCGCUCACCACGGGAGCUACUUAACGAAAUCCUAUUAGUUGAUGAUGCCAGUGAGAGAGAGGAGCUAGGGAAGAAGUUGGAGGACUACAUUGCUCGCUUACCUGUCUCAACUCGUGUCAUCAGGUCCGAGGAGAGGACAGGGCUCAUCAGAGCCAGGUUAAAAGGUGCCAAACAAGCUAGAGGGAAGGUGAUCACUUUCCUGGACGCUCACUGUGAGUGUACUGAGGGCUGGCUGGAACCCUUGUUGUAUGAAAUCCAUAAAGACAGAACUGCUGUGGUGUGUCCAAUCAUUGACGUCAUUGGGGACGACUCGUUCGAAUACAUCACUGGCUCGGACAUGACCUGGGGAGGCUUCAACUGGAAGCUGAAUUUCCGCUGGUACCCUGUGCCCCAGAGGGAACUAGACAGGAGAGGAGGCGACAGGAGCAACCCCACAAAGACACCGACCAUGGCCGGGGGAUUGUUUUCUAUAGACAGGGACUACUUUUAUGAGGUCGGUUCCUAUGACGAGGGAAUGGACAUCUGGGGAGGAGAAAACCUUGAAAUGUCCUUCAGGGUUUGGAUGUGCGGGGGCAAGGUUUACAUAGUGACCUGUUCCCGCGUGGGUCAUGUGUUCAGGAAGACCUCGCCCUACUCUUGGCCGGGGGGCGUGGCUCGCAUCAUCAACCACAACACGCAGCGAAUCGUGGAGGUCUGGAUGGACGAAUACAAAGACUUCUUCUAUAAAAUCAAUCCAGGUGUGAGGAGUACGAGCUAUGGUGAUGUGUCGGAGAGGAAGGCCCUGAGAGAGAAGCUGCAUUGUAAAAGCUUUAAGUGGUACCUACAGAAUGUGUACCCAGAGUCACAGAUGCCGGUGGAGUAUCACGCCCUCGGAGAGAUCAGGAACAAGGCCACAGGGCAGUGUAUAGACAGCAUGGGCCGCAAGAGUGGGGAGAAGGUGGGCAUGGUGCAGUGUCACGGAAUGGGCGGCAACCAGAUUUUCUCAUACACAAAAAAGCAAGCUUUACAAACCGACGAUGUCUGCUUAGAUGUUUCCUCGCUUCACGGACCAGUUAAAUUAUUCCAGUGUCAUGGUUUAGGGGGAAAUCAAAAAUGGGAGUAUGAUCGUCAGACGCUGGAGUUGAAACAUGUAAACAGUAAGCAGUGUCUAGGGGCGGCGGGUCCUAACGACAAGGAUGCACCAUCCAUUGGGCCUUGUGAUGGCAGUGUUCGGCAAAAGUGGGUUCUAACUGACAUGAAAUGGUAGUCAUGAUGAAUUCUAGUGUCAUGUGAUAAUUGUGAGUCUAUGGCUCGAAACCAAUCUUAUUCAGCGGGGGUCAAGAGGUCAAGAACUCAAACUCUGAGUCGUUUAACCGAGUGAUCCGCAGAAAGUAUACGCAUAUCCAGAUUGGUGCUUGGAUUUCUAGUCAUUGGAUCUUAAGUGGGUCAAGGUCAUUUGACUGACCUGUCCUUGACCUAUUUGGAAAUGAGAAGUAGAGUAGAUAGAAGUGAGUGCUUGGAUGAAGAGGCAGUGAGAGGUAGUUCAGAGUUGAAUGUGUUUGUCUUGAAGGGACUAGAACUUAUUGUUGAAUAUUGAAUAUAUUUUUUGUUACUAAUACUGUCUAGAUUUUAAAACAGACUCUAAUUUAUACAUAAAUGGUUUAAAAGAUGGAUGUAGAGUUUAGUAGAUGUUUGCAAGGCCAUUCAGAUGUAGAUUUUUAAUGUCAAGCAGUUUUUUGUUUGGUAAUUUAUUUAUAUACAGUGUAUAUUGUAAUGGUCAUGUACGGAGUACGCAACUUCUGGUUGUGUUUUUGCAUUGAAAAUUAUUCAGAUUUAAUGUCAUUCGUUUUUAAUUUAUUGCAAUCCACAUUCUCUGUUGACUGUGGUACAAAUUGAUGGUAUUUUUGAAGUGUAAUAUUGAUAGUAUUAAUCUUACAUCAUGUAUCUUUGUUUACGUAUCCCCUUAAAUUUGGUCUCACACAGAGAAUAAUUCUCAUCUUUAAUUGGUCACAUUUAAUCUAGUGGGUUUUUACGAUUAGUGAAAUUAAAAGGUUCCGAUUAUUGAAUUAUAUCUCAAUAUAAGUAUAUCUGUGUAUGGUAUGUGUGUAUAUGCAUUAAGUAUACUGCAAUAUGGCUUCUAAGGUUUAAAAAGAAGCUUCCUGUUUGGGUGUGUUGUAUCUUGUUUUCGUGUACAAUUUUUGUUAUUGGUAAGCAUCUGUGGAGAAGUUUUGCUAUAUGAAGAAUGAUUGAUACUCCAAUGUUAUUUGUCAAGAUGUCUGAAAGCUUUAACACUGGUGAUGAUGCAUCGCAAUGGGAGAUUAGAGAAAAAGUGAUAGACUGUUUUGUUUUUGUAAUUUAACCAUCUAGAUGUUGGUGUGAAAGUAUUUUAUCUUUUCUUUAACAGUUAUAUAUCUAAUUCUGUGUAUCAAGUAUCUAUUUGAGAUUGGAUUUGUUCAAUUUUGUGGAUUCAAUCUGCUCAAACAUAUUGUUGCCAAUCUUUCUUCAUUAGUUGAAUUUUCAGUCGGUAAAGAUUAAAAUCUCUUGUGUUAUUCUUUUUGGAUAUGAUUCAAAAUUUCUGUGUAAACUGACAACUGCUUUUCAGUGUAAUUUUAAUCCAUUACUUUAAAAAAAAAGAUCUUUUUCCCACCCUUAAAACCAACUUAAGUUAGAUGAUAGAUAAAACACUUGAUUGAUGAAACAAAACUUUUGAUAGUUGAAGCAAUCUAAAAAAUGAAAUUUUCAAUUUUAGUGUUUAAAAUAUGAUAACUCUUUACUAUUCAAUUAUUUACUCUGAUUUGAUUUUAAUGGAAAAAGAUGCAAAAGGUGCAAUUUUUGAAAUUUGUUUUUGAACGUACGUAGGUAUGAUAAUUAAUGUGCAUGUAUACUAUGCAAAAUGUCUGUGUAUUAUUUUAUGAAUUAAUCAGAAAAAAAAUGCUCACAAAUCUUAAGGGAUUUUUUUGUUGCUGACUGGAAUCAUAUAAUGAUAAGUAUCAGCAAAAAUUGUCAAUAUUUUAGUUUUUGAUUCUUAAAAACCCUGUAAGAAUAAAUAGAUAGGGUGAACUCCAAAUAAGACUAGAUAUAUCAGCAGCAUGCAGCAUUUAAUUGACAAAUAAACGAGCAUCAGAAAGACUAAUUAAUCAGACAGUGCUUGGUGAUGUUUGGUUGAGAUAAAUUGGUCUCCUAAAGUGCUUUGCACACCUUAACACUUCUUUUUAAUCUAAAACUGAAACAAGGUUUUGGGGGCAUUUUCUGAUGAUUAAAAUUGAAUUUUGUUGAUUUUUAACAGCCAAGUAAUUUGUAAUGUUUAUCCCAAUAUCAGUAGGAUGCAGAUUUUGUUAUUGUUCUUUUAUUACCAUUCAUUUGAUUUACACACAUGUAUAUGAAUAGACAACCCUAUUCAAUUUUUGACAGGCACACAGAACUCGUGUUCCAAUCCUAUUUUUUCUAAUUUUUUUGUUUUAUGUAUUCAAAACCUUGCAGUAACUCGACAAAUAUUGAGUAUUCUUACUUGUUCUCAAACCUCAUGUUCACAUAUACUUUCUAGUCCAAAUCAGUUCCCUUAUUUUUUUUUUACAAAAAUGUUCUGUUUAAAACAUCAACAUUUUAUAAUUUAUAGUAUACAGAUUUUUAUAUUUUUUUUCAUUCAUGUAUUGUUUUUUAAUUCAUCUCUGACCACUGUUGUUCUAGAGCUGUCCAAAUCUUAAUUUUUCAGACAUCUGUUCAAAACUAUUCCAUUAUUGCUACAGCAUUCAAAAUAUUAGGGAAUUGAAAACUGUGAACCUUUUGUUAUAUGAAAGAAAUUUGAACAUGUAUAAAUAUUUUAUUCACUUAGGAGUUGAUCCAUUAGAUUUAAUUUUACAACAAAUUAUAGAUAGUGAGGUAUGAGACGAAGAGACUGUUUUCGGUAGAAAUGACUUAACAUGUAUUAAUUGUGUGCUAAAUGGUUGGCUUUAAUUAAAGAUAUUUUUUGUGAAAUGGGACAUGAGUAUGCGACAUCUAUGUAGUGCUUGUAAUAUGAUAUUCAAAAUGUAUAAACUAUUCUAGAUUGGUAUGAAAGAAGAAGCGUUUAGUUUUAAAAUGCUGUUAUGUGAUUAAACUUUGCAGUGUUUUUUCAGAUAGCAAUGUGAAUAUAGAGAGCAUAUAUUUAAUUAACACGCAGUUUCCAGUGCAGUCGAAUUCUAUAUGUCAUUGAAAGUUGCUAAGCAUUGCAAAUUUUUCCUUUCCUUUUGGACGGAUUUUAAUUUCUUUAAUUAUGAAGGGGAAUAACUCUUUUGAGAAUGAGAGCGUUAGGGAUAAAAUGAAAAGACGAUGCUUUACUUCAUUUUUUUAUGUACCAAAAGUGUAAAACUGAUUAUUUAUACAAAUGUUAUUUAUUUAAAAAUAUCUUGCCAUAGGUAUGGAUAACCAAGGGAGCACAGAAAAGGUUAUGUCAUAUAAACUAUAGAAAUUAAUAUAUUUGUGCAUGCAGAUUUUUUUUUCACACUAGGGUUGUCUCCCCUGACAUUCCAUGCACAGGCGCAACCAUUGUUUAAAGAAAAUUCAGAACGUGGGCCAAACAAGCUGGGUAUAUUUCUGUAUCUAUCAUUCCAAUUGUUAGUGAGAUGGGGUCAUUCAGCAAACCUACUGUUUGUACAAUUAAGAGGGAUGGGUUGUCAAUUUUAGACUGUGCUAAUAUCCUAUAAAGAAGAGCUGUGUAUAUAGAUUUAAUAAAGAUAUUCAAAGCUAAAAUAUCCAGAUCUUUCUUUUUCUAACUUACAGUUAAUUGCCAUAAAAAUCAUGCUGGAAAUUUUAAGGCAGAUCUGACAUAUUGUAAUUAAGAAUUCUUAUUUUUAUUUUCUGAAGAUAUUGCAAAAACAGUUACAUUUUAUAAUGAGAUUUAAAUUAAAAAAAUAUUACUUGCUAAAACGUCAGAAAAGUAAGUACCAGUAAAAGUAAACGGAAUACAGACAGUAGGUUAGCAUUGAUAUUUCUGUCUGAUUACUGUGGAAUCAUUUAAAUUCGUGGGGGCCAAUUUUCGUGGAUCAUGACUUUUUUGCUCAUUUGAGGGGAUGUAAUUUCGUGGAUGCGUCGGUUACUGUUUCAGUAACACAAAUAACUCUAUAUAAAUUUGUUUUCGUUGAGAAUUUAAAUUCGAGGGGGAGGGCUACCCACGAAUACCACGAAAAUUGAGCCACCACGAAUUAUAAUUUCACAGUAUUGGAAGCAACGUGUUUUUUUUAAAAAUGUAAAUCAAAUUGUUAGAUAUGCAUCGGAGAAAAAAUCUUGUGUGGAGUAAUAUUUUUCUCUUAUCAAUUUUCUGAUUAUUUUUAACUGUGUGGGAAGUUGAUUUGAUGCAAGAGUAUCUAUGGAAUAAAGCUAUAGAAAUAAAGUAAUUUAAAAUUAGA